GAGCCCUUCGAGGUCUCGCGAGACUCGCGGUCACCGGAACUCCCGACUCGGCUGCGUCCCUGUGGCCCCCGAGCAGGAUGCGGUCCCGGUUUGUACUGGGAGCCGCUCGUUAUCUGUGGCCCCGCCGGCCUAGUGGCCCGGCCCGCCGGCACUUUAGCAGCGGCGGCCCGCCCGUGGAGGAGUUGUUCGUCUGCGGCGGGCCCUUGCGCACCUUCCUGGAGCGUGUGGCCGGGUCCGAAGCCCGGAUGAGUGUUGGGGGCCCCGAGCUGGCAUCUGCAGCCAGAAUGCUGAGCGACAAGGAACAGGAACUGCGAGAGACCCAGCACUUGCUGCGUGAUGAAAAUGAAGAUUUAAGGAAACUUGCCGAGAAUGAGAUAACUUCAUGUCAGAAAGAAAUAAAUCAUUUGAAACAGCAGAUUAUCUACCUUUUGGUUCCCUCAGAAGAAACAGAUGAAAGUGAUUUGAUCCUGGAGGUAACUGCAGGAGUUGGGGGUCAGGAAGCAAUGUUGUUUACUUCAGAGAUAUUUGAUAUGUAUCAGCAAUAUGCUGCAUUUAAAAGAUGGCAUUUUGAAACCCUGGACUAUUUUCCAAGUGAAAUAGGUGGGCUUCGACAUGCAUCUGCCAGCAUUGGGGGUUCAGAGGCCUAUAAACACCUGAAAUUUGAAGGAGGUGUGCACCGAGUGCAAAGAGUGCCGAGGACUGAGAAACAAGGCCGCAUCCACACUAGCACCAUGACGGUGGCCAUACUGCCCCAGCCCACCGAGAUUAAUCUGGUGAUCAACCCUAAAGACCUGCGCAUCGACACUAAGCGCGCCAGCGGAGCCGGGGGCCAGCACGUCAACACCACUGACAGCGCUGUCCGCAUCGUCCAUCUCCCUACAGGUGUUGUUUCCGAGUGCCAACAAGAGAGAUCUCAAUUGAGAAAUAGAGAGAUGGCUAUGAAAAAGUUACGUGCAAAGCUAUACAGCAUGCGUCUAGAAGAAGAAACAAGUAAAAGAUACAACGCUAGAAAGAUUCAGAUUGGAACUAAAGGAAGGUCAGAAAAAAUAAGAACAUACAACUUUCCACAGAACCGAGUCACAGAUCACAGAAUAAACAAGUCACUUCAUGAUCUUGAAACAUUUAUGCAAGGAGAGAAUCUACUGGAUGAACUGGUACAAUCACUAAAGGACUAUUCUGAUUAUGAAUCUUUAGUAGAAAUUAUUUCUAAAGCUGCUUAAGCUAAUAUGGUAUUAAAGACGUGCAACAGCAAGACUUGUAACAGCUGAGUUACAAAGGUUGGAGGUAAACCGUCUAUUUUUAAAAUGUAAUGAUUUAUAUAAACCUUUGCAAUGUAUUGGUAAAAAAAAGGUACAAUAACUGUGAUCAUGGUUAUAAAUGUUGAACUCUUCCUUGCAGAAAAACAAAGGAAAUAAGUCUUGUUUUAUCUAAAAUAUUUAAGGACUGAGCAAAUAAACUAGUAUGAAAACCUUCAAAUACAGCAUUAGAAAUAUGGAGUAGAUAGUUUAGUCGAGAAACUAUAUCAUUAAUUUGAACAGGGAUUUAAUACAAAGCAUUAGCUGGAAUUAGCUAGUAGGGGGGAAAAAGAAAACGGAUGCACGGGGACCUGAGUGAAUACCCAAGUAAAGAAAGCUCAUGGAGAGCAUGGCUGCGACCAUCUAAGGACAGAAUCUUUCCCUUGGUGGCCAGAGCUCCUGUGCUGUUGGCCCAGGGCUUACAGGGAGGGCCCCGGUAAGUAAGCGGCUCCCAGCGUGAUGCCAGGAGAACUGGCUGGGGGUCAGCAUCCGUACCACCGGUCAGCCACGGGAAGCCGGUCUUUAUGUUCCAUCCAGGCCUCCCACUGGCUGGGGGAAGCCCAGGCACACGGAGGGCCUCCUGCUAGUCCAAGCUCACCGGAGGGAUGUUGAGCUCACCCGAAUACCGCUUCACAGCAGCACCCAGAGCAGUGGGGUCUAAAUAUCUCUGUGCACUAGGGCCCAGCCAAAGUGUCACACAGAAUUAGCCGUCUGUGGUAGGGAGCACCACUGAAACACCUCACUUCUGCCACAGAAGCGAGAGAGGAGGCACAUUAGAAACAGAAACCACUUCUCCAGCACUUUACCUGCUGACAGUGUAAGCUGGUCCUGCUACCGAUUCCACAGGGUCCUUAGCUGGCUUUGACCACUUACUUUCUAACAAGUUUUUGAAAAGUUAACAGGUUUCAAUUAUUUUCUGUGGAUCGCACAAUCAGAGAGGGGCAAUGUAGGGCAAGUGGAAUAACCAGGCUUUGUACACUGCUGGCCUCUGGCUGCCAUCUGUGGCCUUGGUCACGUUUAUGGAGAAGGGUCUUGGGAAGGUGGGGGCGGAACACUGGUGUCUGGUUGUGGACACCUGGAAUAUGGCUGUGGGCAUGUGUAACUACACCUGAGCCUAGAGGUCAAGGAUAUAAGGGUGACGUCACUCAAGGAUGGUAAUAGGAGUGAUUGCCUGAAGAUUGAGACCCUGAGAACACCAGAGAGCCCAGGGAACGUAAAGAUCCGUAGGGGGCUGGGAGGCUCGCUUGAACUUUAAAAGGCAUUGUUUAGUCAUGUACUAUCCUCACUCUUACCUGAUAAUUCUCUAAUCUUCAAGUACCAAAUUACUGGAAUUUCAAUUCUAACUGGCUUCUUCAAACCAGAAGCCAGCUAGGCAUUCACACAUGGAAGCUGGCAGUUACAUUGCUUAUCUCUUAAUCUAGGACUGCCUGGCCACCACCCCACCCACCGCUCUUACAACACACUGCAUUACGUUUCUAUCAGAUGCCAGGCUAUGGCGGUUCAUCUAGCUUGCGCUUCAGAUACUUCCUCUGCAGUGGAAGUUAAGUUUAAGACUUAAGGCUUUGCAAAUUUCCUCUUCACCUCCUUUUCUGUGACUGAGCAUUUCUGUCAUUAAAACAUACACUUCAGUCAGGUUUCAAUGCUCUCAUGGGCUUUCCUGGGGAAAAAAGUUCAGAUGAUAAUAAAUUCACCCUUGUGAGUUGAGAAUAUAAUUAAAGUGUGAUUAAUGCUAAAUCAGAGUACUCUGUCGAUUUUUCUGCUUAAGAUUGAAAAGAAGUUGCCCCUUUUCCCACGGGGAUCCUGGUUAUGGGUAGCUUUUUUCCAGUCUGAGGGAAUGGGUUGAAAUUUGGGGCCUGAGAAGGCAGAAAAAUCCCGGGACUAUCUAUCUGGGUGAGGCUGCACAGAUGCGAAAGGGUGAAAGUGCAAGCAUGUGCCUGUGCCUGAUAAAGGAGUGCCUCCCCAGCCCCGUCCGCCCCCGUGAGUGUUGGAGUUAAAUCUUCUGACCAAAACCCAGGGUAAGGCUGCUAUCAGAUGAAGUGAGAAGCUAGAAAUACUGGUUCAAGAUUUUUAAAACAUGAGGUAAACUAAGGACUCUACAAUGACAAGAACACUCUACAUGAUAAUGAGUAAAUGUUAAAUUUAUAGCCAUUAUAAUAAGGCAGGAUUUCCAGAAAAGCAAUUACUAUUAAGAUUGUGUAACUAAAUGUUACAGAAUUAGGAGCUGAUAGUUAACGCCCCAAAUUGCCAUACCUUUUCCAUGCUAGUUAGAAUCACUGGCCAUGGUCUGAAUUCUUUUGAGCUCCUGUACUAUGUAAACCUAAAACUAGUAUUGUCUGUCAGGUCAUCUGUCUCCUUUUGCUUCAUACUGUCUUUCUCAGUUAAGUUUCUUUUAGGGCCCCAGCUUGUGCUGAUCUUAAGAGUGGUCAUCUAUUGACAGUGUUUUCCCUCAUUACUUAUUAGGGGCACUGUAGAAAAUUCAUUAAAGACACAUUAGAAUUUAAAGUCAACGGUUAUGAAAUACGUCAGAAUAUUGCAAUGUGAAUGGAUUCCCUUGCCCUCUACCUUCCCAAGCACUGGGCAUGAGUGUGGCUCUGUGCAGAGACGGUGCAACGCUCAUCACCAUGUUACAUGGUAUAGAUGCUAGGCCCGAUGCAGGUAGUCUCCCACAGUUUUAUCGCUUUUUCUUGAUUCUUUGGUUUCCUGUGUAAAAUCAAGGGACUGGCCACAUUAAAGGUGGACUGAACUUGUCAAACGUUUCCCGUGUUGGAUUUCCUCCAGUAAAUAAUGGAGAUCUACCAAAAUUAAUUUAUUUUCCUACAGUCCUGUUCUGCUUGCCCAUGGGAAGAAGUGAUACAGUGCUAAAGAGCCUUUGAUCCUUUUUUAAAAAAUUGUAACAGGCCCUCCCUGGUGGCGCAGUAGG